AGCAUCUCACCAUGCGGUAACCAAAACAGGUCCCGAGCUUCAGGUCUCCUGACAAUAACUGGGUGGCACCCUUCUUCUGCUCGGACUUGGAAAAGACAAUGAAGGCGGAAAAACAGCGCUUCUUUUUCUUCUUCUUCUUCUUCUUUUUUUUUUUGUCUGGUUUUGUUUUUAUUCCCAGCUAAGCAGGCUAGUCCAGGGAAAUUUAUUAGGCCUAUCAGUUUAACAAUUAGCCUGACACAGUUAAACUGAGUUAAGAGAUAAGGCGCGUCUCCGGGAGAUCAGGUGAGAGCCUGAUGAGUGGAUGGAGCGCGUGAAUCACGGCACCGAGCGCAGAACUCUUUACACACUGUUUCCGUGUUGAUGCGCGUGCGGCGGCGCCCACAACCUUCUUUCACCACUCGAGUUUAACGGGAGAACCUACAGGUUACAGACUUACUUUCCAACCGCGUCUUUGUAUGCAAUGGGGUCUUCGGAAAUAGCUCGGAAACAAAGAUAUCUCGCGCAGAUGACCAGCAGUAAGUCGCUGUCUCAGGCUCAGUGCAGCGCUGCGUGUGUCCCGCGCGCCGAGCGCCUCUCUCCAGAAGGCGCAGGAGCUUCAGGAGCUUCAGGAGCUUCGGGAGACUCAAAAUUCUUCACAGCCAAAGGCGAGAGACCGGCAACCCCAGACGCGGCACGGUUGUGUGAAGAAUGCGUCGCUCGUGUGCUUGUUUUCAAGGAACAAGCUCUGCGAGUGUUAAAGGAUGGUCACUUUUCCCCCAGCGAUCCAAAACUCUCCAUCCUUCUCUAUGAGAGCUUGCGAGUGCCUGUUUGGAUUGGCCUUGCUGGUUGCUGUGACGUCUGCUUCACUCACCUGAGCCAGCUCAAGCGGGAGGCCAUCCACAUGCUCCUAAACCAAAACCGGACCAUCUGGCCCAGUACUCCCCCUGCCAGCGUCUCACCCGGCUACGAUGCCUUGGGUUCUCACACUCUGCCUAGAGCCAUCAGCUCUCGUUCUCCAAGCCCAAAUAAACGCCAGAAGUUCAGCAACCCAAGGACAGAAAGCUGGGUCAGAGAACACUCACGCUUUGAGACCCUGUGGUGUGCAAAUAAUGAAAUGGCACCUUUUGCUGACAUGGUUUCUCAGGAUGGUAUGAAAAAGAAAAAAGAUGAUGAUUCCACAGUUCUCUGCCGCUUCAGAGGUCCUCUGACAUUCAACACUUCCAAAGUUGCUGCAAUGCUACCUGCUGGACCCUCUGCAGCUUUCUCUUUCAUCGUCAGGGCUGUCCAGAAGUUGCACUUGACCUCAAGAAGGAGGAAGCAGUGCUCUGAAAAUGACUGCUAUCCCACAAACUUCUGUGGUCUUCUCCAGAAGGACCCGCCUCCUGCACCUUUAAACCUUUUACAGACUCACAGCAAGAGCAGAGACUUACCAGAGACGGCAAAGGUCAGAGUUAUGCUGAGACUCAACCCGAUUCAGACGGCAGACACGUCUCAGUCCCAUGCCCUUAAAGUGGACCUACAUAAGAAACAGGUCACAGUACUGGAGCCUGCCAUACAAAACACGCAGAGAUCAGCAGCAGGCACCAGUUUCACUCCAAAGACCUUCACAUUUGAUGCUACUUUUGGCCCUGAGUCAUCCCAGGCUAAGGUCUGUGAGAGGAGUUUGUGUGAGGUUCUCCAGUCUGUUGUUGCUGGAGCAGAUGGCUGCAUCCUAAGCUUCGGACAAACCAAAGUGGGAACAUCUUACACAAUGAUCGGGCGUGAUGAUGGCACACCAAACCUAGGGAUCAUCCCUUGUGCCAUUUCUUGGCUUUUCAAGCUCAUUAACAAGAAGAAGGACAAGACAUGGGCAAACAUCUCGGUAUCUGUGUCAGCUGUGGAGGUGUGCGGGGAGACUGAGGUCAUCAGGGAUUUACUGUCUGGUUUUGAGGCUGGUGAUCACACCCAUAAGCCAAAUGUUUACCUCCAGGAAGACCCUGUCUGUGGAAUACAGCUUUACAACAACAGGGUAUUAAGUGCUCCUACAGCAGAAAGAGCAGCCUGCCUAUUGGAUGCAGCCCUAGCAUCUCGAAACACAGGCAUGGGAGGGUGCAGAGGGACGUUUCAUCAUCACUGCCAUAUGUUCUACACUCUUCAUGUCUGCCAAAAACACAUAAAGAGCAGUCCCACAUCUGGGAUGUAUGUGGAACAAAGCAAGCUGAGCCUAAUUGACUUAGGAAGCUGUACCAGGGAGAGAACUAAGAACAACACGGAGGUCUGUCUUCUUGACCUGGGCAAUGUUAUUAUGGCCAAGCUGAAUGGGCACAAACAUGUACCUAAAAAGGGAAGUAAACUGGCAAUGCUCAUGCAAGAGUCUCUUGGAAAUGUCAACUGCCACACGACAAUUGUAGCCCAUGUCUCCACGUCUCAUGAUGACCUGUCUGAAACUCUGUGCACCAUCCAGAUUGUCUCUCGCAUUCGAAGAUUACAAAGGAUCAGAAAACAAGCCUGCAACUCACCUGGAGCAAGAAGCUUGGGCAAAGAAAAAAAAGGGAAUGACUCCUCUAAGCUAAGAGCAUUUCGCUAUGCAGGUUCACUGGAUCAUAAUUUUUCUUUGCCUCACCUCUUUGAUGAUGUAGAGGACUAUUCUGGGAGUGAAAAGUCAUGCGACACGGUGUUCUGUGUGGAUCCAAAAGGUGUCCUCCAUGAUAAAGAGGUCAGAGGGAAUCAAGAGUUUGUACCGAUAAUUCCAUCUUUGCAAAGGAACAAGGCAGACUUAAAAAGCUCCUUCUCUAUAAAGCACUGUGAUAUCUUACAUUUAACUCAAAAUUCAAAAGAGAUGAAAAAACUUCCUACUCCACAGAAUUCUAGUGCUCCUGAUUUGGAGUGUUUCAAGUGCAACACCUUUGCUGAACUACAGAAUCGACUGGGAUGUAUUAAUGAAAGUGAAAUGGCUGGCUCGCAUUCUUGCAAGAUACAGCCUGCAAAUGCUGUCUUUAAAUCUGAACCUCUCUCAAGCAAAGUUGUGAAGAUACCAGCUGAAAAGCCAGAGAUUCAACAAUUUCCAUGUAUAAAACAGGCUAAUAACCACGAACAAGGACAACCUACUCAGAGAGAUGCCUUUAUUAAGGACAUUAAGGAAACACCUUGUGAGUAUACUGGUCAAGAAAAAAUCACUAAAAAAAUUCUUCCAUCCUCACCAAGAUUUCACAUGGCUAGUAGCUCCAUGCAGUGUGAACGAGACACUGAAUCCCAAAACCUUACUAAAACAACGACUCCUUCCGUACCUUUUCCAGUGGAAGGGCUGUCAUCAGAUAAGUCCACAUUGCCCCCCAAGAUUCGGAUACCUCCUGUGGGUAAAAGCUCAUCCUCCCUGGCUACUGCCCUAGCGUCCCCAGUUCCUUUCCCUAUCACCCGAUGUGAAGUUAUUCCACAGUUUCCCACAGAGAACCAAGGAGAGAAAACGACCAUCACUGUAACAGUUCAGCAGCCACUGGAUUUGAAUGGACAUGAUGAACUUAUAUAUUCUGUGGUUAAGGAAGUAGAGGUCAGUGGCCCAAUUAUUAAAGGCAAGGCUGCAAAAAUAGCAAAUAUCGAUGAGCUUGAUUCUCUUAAGAACUUGCCACUAGGGUCUCAGCCUGUGAAGAUCAUUGGCAAUGUUGGAAAGGAACAAACUGCUGCUGAUUCUGUAUCUGAAGUUCAGGCUUUAGGUACAACUGGUAAGACAUCAUCAGAUUUAGCUGUAGGCAAGACCAUUUCUAUGGGUCAAAACCAUGUUGUCAACUCAAAGACUGAAAAUAACCCCUCACAACUCGAUGUUAGGUCAAAAGAAUCCCAGUCUAAGACAGACAUAGAGGUGGCCAAAACUGAUUUUGGCUCCACUUUCCAAUAUGAGACCUCAAGGUUCAGGGAGAAUGCAUUUGAGGUGGCAGCAGAGCAAGAAGAUGCUAAGAGAAAGUGUAACCAAAGUAGUGGGCAGCUUUGUAGAGAGUUCAAAGACAAGGUUUCUCCAACAAAUCAGAGGAUAUUAGAAGAUUUUCAAAUGAAAUCAGCAGAAAAUAUAGUCAGCAGUUACUCAACUUAUGACACGAGCAGUCUUACAAGAGCUUGGCUUGAUGCUGACAAACAGCAUACCUGUAAGGACUCCCUUUAUCCCUGUACAAGCUGGGAAAAUGAGACUUCAUAUAGUCCAAAAACAACACUUGAAAAAAAUUAUGUUGCCAUACCAAGUCUUGUGGAAUGGGCAGAAUAUAGUAAAUCAAUGCCUUCAGUGCCAAGAUCAGAUAACAACAGUCCCAGUAAGAAAAAUAGAAAACAAGUUCAACCUACUCUGACCCAGACAACCUCAGAGAAUCAGCUCAAAUCUACAAACCCCAAAUCCCCUAUUGAUGAGAGCACUAAGCUAUUUAGUGCAAAAUUGGAGCAGCUAACAAACAGAAGCCGAUCCCUAAGUAGAUCACAUGUAGAGUGUGCUGCUGUGCAGCCUUUUGAGCAAAGCAAUACUGUGUUCACUCAGGGUUCUUCGAGGAAUAUGGAGGGCAACUGUACCCCACCAAAGGUCAACAGACAUCUUGAGAAGGAAAAUUGCCAGAAUUUGGGUUCUAAAGGAAAUUUGGAAGCACAAUAUGCAUCAGCUCAUGCCAAAAGCAUUGCCUGUCCUGGUUUGCUGACAGUUUUUGAAGCAGACCUCCUCACUUUGUCUCAGGCUAACCAUAGCCUUAGGAGAGUUCCAAGGUUUUUCCCACUUUAUGAUGUUGAUGAAAGUGACACUACUCAGCCUUGCAAGCAUAGUCAGUCCAAUAUGUCAAGUGUAAACAAGGUUUUGUCUAGCCCAGUGGUUCACAAGUUGUCUGGAACUGCCCCCAAUUUAUGUGUAUCACCAAAAUCUAACAGACGCUCAAUAAAUAGGAGCUCAAGUCUGUCUCCUGAUGGAUUUUCCAGAAAACAAAUCUCAUGGUCAUCCCAGUCUUUAUCCCGAAAGCAGGCGAAAGCUUCUAUCUCCUCCAAAUAUCCAAGCAAAAUACUGAAUGGACGGGUUGAGGUUCUUAGAGCAAGUGAGGACUCUCUCUCUAGCUCCAGCCCAGGUAGCUCAGAUAUCGAUGAUCUUGAGGAGUCAAAACGAAAGAUUAAACUGUUGAGCCACACCUUACCUUCCCCAUACAGUAGGAUUACAGCACCACGUAAACCAAACCACUGCAGCGGGCAUGCCAGUGAUAACACAAGCGUACUGAGUGGGGAGCUUCCUCCUGCCAUGUGUAAGACUGCGUUGCUGUACGAUCGCAACAGUAUGGUCAGCAGUGGUUAUGAAAGCCUGAAGAGGGACAGUGAAACCACAUAUAGUAGUACUUCAAUACAUGACUCAAUCAGUGAUCAGAGCUGCUUCUACAGUACUCUAAAGGGUGCCAGAAGUUCCAAGAAAAGAAACAACACAGGAUCCCAUCAAAGACAUCCAUCCCAGGACACCCUCUCAUCUUUAAGGAGGUCUGGAAGUGGGUCCAAAAUACGCUGGGUUGAUCAUGGUACCACAGAUGCAUAUGAAAUUAAAGUUUAUGAGAUCGACAAUGUGGAUAGUUUGCAGAGGAGAGGAAAGGCAGGGAACAAGAGUGUUGUCUGCUUCAGUGCCAAGCUGAAAUUCCUGGAGCAUCGACAACAAAGGAUUGCAGAGAUGAGGGCCAAGUACAACACCCUAAAGAGAGAGCUGGAGCUAGCCAAACAGCAUCUGAUGGUGGAUCCAGAGAAAUGGAUGCAUGAAUUUGACCUCUGGCAGACAUUUGAAGUAGAUUCUCUGGAGCACUUAGAGGCCCUUGAGCUGGUGACACAGCGUCUGGAGUGCCAAGUCUUCCGCUGCAAGGCACAUGUCAUGAUGGUAACGAGUUUUGAUGCUUCACCAAAGCGAAGACAGAAGAAGAAGUACCGGCCACCUGUUGAUUAUAAGGGGUUCAUAGGAAUAUAGCCCAUAAACCCAUAGUCUAAUUGAUUUUACCUUUUACUUUUAAUGAUGUACAAAAUGCUAGUUACAUACAGUAUGCACUGUAACAACUCUGCAUUGAAACCACCAGGUGAGAAAAACCCCACCUUCUAUGCAUGUGCAUGCACUCAAGGACCUUCCUGUAAUGAUGUAUGAUGUUGUAUUUGCAAUAAAUACCUGUACCUGUGCCAUACAGCCAUCUUUCCCUGGAACCUUCUCUUCAAGCCAAUAACUGUUACUGGCAUUCAUAGAACCAUAUUUAUAUACUUUAUGUAACUAGCAUGCUAUUUCACCCCUGCUAACUACCAGCAACAAUGUCAUGAGGAACUGGAUUCACCUUAGGUCUGCCCAGAAAGGUGCGCAGAGUUGGCCAUCACACACACUACUGGAAGGGGCAAAGAUAUCCUUGUAGAACCUGGUGAAGGUAUAUGGUAAUAUCGAGGUAGCAGCAACACAGACUUCCUGGAGUGGUCCACCUAUAAUUAAUGCCCAUUAGAAGGGACUGCUCCUUGUAGAGGUGUAUAUCACAGGGUGUCCAGCCCAUCUAUAGGCCAUUGUGAUGACGUCCAUCACAAAUCAUUGAGCCACCAGUGCAUGCAAGGUGUACGUAUCACCAGAACAUGUAACUCACCAAGUCUUUUAGUGAACGUGAUACCAAGCAAAAUAGAGAGAGGGCCAUUUCAAGUCAUCAAGCCAUUAUUAAGGAUGGAGGCCUCUCACUCUUUUCAGAGACCCCACAGAGAUGUUAUCCAUGGUGCUAUGGUGCCACGUACAGCUUUAUCAUAGAUGGGACUUGCUGCUGUCUUGCACUCUCUGAAGAAAAGCCAGGUUCUUGUCAGGUGGGCUGGGACCAGACAAUGAGGUAAACAUCAUUUGCACAACAGCUGCAACCUAAUGGCAUAAAAAAACCUGUGUGCUAGGGGCUCUUCUGUUCAGGAGUGUUUCCUGGACUGCUUGGUCACAGUCUUCGGUCAGUGAUUCAAUACAAGGGCUAGACCCCCUCACACACAAAUGCCAAAUUCUCCUAUCCAUUAGGGACAGCAGACCUCUGGGAGGAAGAUACCAGGAUGUUCUGACCACUAGCGAGAGGUAGUAGUAGAAACCAAGGUCUUCUUCAGGCAAUUUCAGGGACACAAAAAGGACUCUGUGGCCUAGUUGCUGAGUUCUGUACAGAGAGGACAAAUGACAUAUAAGUAGGUUGUGAGGCCAGUCAUUGGCCAAAGCAUCCCAUCCCAGGAGGCUGUUCAGUUUUUCUAUGGAAAACCACAAUCUGCAAUGGUUACCUUGGUGAAGAAGUCCACCUAUACCUUGCUCUCAAUGAGGUUAGUAGUGGAUGGACCCACCUGAGGAGAUUAUUUCCAAGGAAUAGAGACAUUUGACCUUGUGUCAUACUGAUGGUUGAUAUAGCUGACAUUGUCUGAGCUGACCAACAUGUGGCAACAUCUCAGAAGCAAUAAGAACUUGAAGACGAUGUGGACCUUCCUCAAUUCCAGCUUGGUAAUAUGUUUUGACCUUAAAUCAGGGGGCCACAUAUCUGCCCUUUCUCUGUGACACCACAUCACUUCCCAGCCUGUAACAAAGGCAUCUGUAGCAAUUAUCUCUCACCAGUGGGAAGAAACUGCAUCCUUGAGAGCAUACUGUAUACCAAGGUAACUUGCAUAUAGCUGGUGCCCAGCUUCCAGAGAGAAAAAAAACUUGGAAGACACCUGUAGUUCAGACUGUAGUCAUAAGCUGUUAAGCAGAUAGCUACAUAUUGUGUAAAUGUAGUCCAACAUGUGUACAGGGUAAGAAGAAGAAGGAAAAGGGAAAGAUGGCUGUAUAGAGGCUGUAUUAAUUGUAAAUGCUGCACCAUAAGUAUGUGACUUUAUGGAACGUCUAAGCAUAUGUGCACAUGCACAAGGAGGUACCCAGGUGUUUCUUACCACACCUUGAGGUUGGGUGGGGUAAAAUAGAGCUGAAAAGAAUAUUACAAAACCAUCAUACAUGCCUCUAAGGCAGGGUUUCCCAGACUACUGAUUUACAAACGGGGUUGCGAGAGAAACUCACAAUCUCCUCUUUUGUUUCAUUCAGUUAUUUUCCAAAUUAAUACAAAUACCAAUGACAGAUGUGUGCUAAUAUUUUGAAAUGUUACUGAGAGUCACAUUCAAACAAGCCACAUUUAAAUUAAUAGGGUACAAGUAAUUUUAGUCUUAGUCUUAGUCUUUUAGUCUUCACUAUCCUGACAUGCAGCACUGAUGUAGUUCAGCAAUAAAAAUGGACAAAUUUCCCUGUCCAUCUACCUCCGCGAAACAAACUAGCAUUGUGUCUCAAAUGGCAUACUUAUGUACUAUUUUUGAUUUAGCAUUUUUGAGUAGCAACACUGACCGGGUUUCCUAUUACAGUUAGUUUUUGAAGUUUGAAUUUCUUAUGUAGCCUUUGAACCUACCAAAAGGUCUGUUUUGCAUACCCCUCUUCUGGAUUUUCUAGAUUAUUAAAUACCUUUGAAUGUAAGGUCAGAGUUUUCGAUUUGAGACACAGAUCAUGACAACAGUCACGACAACAGCGGAAAAUUUUAAGAGACACAGAGCUUGUCAGUGUGUUUAACAUCGCUGUGCAUGAAAACGCUAAACAUUUUACAGUUCUGCUUCUGCACGUGCAUGCAAAGACAUGUGCCAAGUAUAAACCAGAGUUCUCUGCUUCUCAUUGGGCCAUAUCACCUCACCCAGGCAUGGAUUAUUUUCCUAUAACAACAAUUCUUUGAACUAGAAUGGUAAGUCAGUGCAAGGAAUAUUCCUUUGGUUUUUAGUCACUUACGUAUAUUUACCAUACACAUACGUAUGUUACGAACAUAAUGAAAUGUUCAAAUGUUACUCUAGUCCUAAAUUCUCAAUCAAAGAUUAAAAAAAGUAGAGUGGUCAAAGCUUGGGGUCACAAAAAAUUCAUAAUGUCCAUUGGGGGUUGUUUGCCCACCCCCAAAAAUGUUUGGGAACUGCUGCUUUAAAGUACCACUAGUGUAUGUAGCUAACACACACUGCUGCUGGUCGUGUCAGACUUGAAAACAAAUGGCCGCUUUGGCAACAGCUAAUGCUUGGAUACAGGUCAAGGCAACAUAUUGGACAGCAGAGAUACAAAUGACCUUGGCAGAUGGAGGACCUAAAUCAAGCUGGCCAAUAAAACCAGUUUACAAAUGCCUUUGCUCCUAAUUUGCUUCCCCAACCAAGCAAACAACAUUCCAAAUGCAUUACUUUGACAAUUUAUCUUCAUAUAUCGCUGGUUUUUAAAAAUAAAUAUACUUUGUAGUAAGGUUGUUGUAUGGCAAUACAAAUGUUGUCCAACUUGUCAUACCAGUUUGUACAUAUUUAUUUGCACUGAUCUUAUUUAUGUAUAUACAUUUUCUUCAGUAUAUAAUAUGGGAACUGUACUGGUCCGAAGUUCUCACUAAUAUACACUAACAAAUAACCUUAUACUGUAUGUAGGAUGCUUCUUAGUUUAAUUAAACAAACCCAUUUUGCUUACUACAUACAGUAUUCACCAUUAGUUUUAAUGCUUUUCAUAAAAUUUCUUCAUUUCAUUCAUUUCUUUAGCACUUUAUAACAAAUUUGUGUAGUGUUUAAUUCAUUUUUAUUAAGAAAUUUGCUGUGAAAAUGUUUUUUUUAAAUAAUAAACUGAAAUGUCGUCACAUACUGUGAAAAAUAUAUUACAAGGCCACUAUAAACUGUAAUGCACAAAGUGACUCACCUAACCAGCCUGUUGUCCUGUCAGAAAGAAUAUGUCUCAUCUAAGAUAAAAUAGGAAAGCAGCUCUAUGUAGUCAUAAACUCAGUAAGACCUCAGAAUUCCUUUUUCCAGGGCAGUGUUUUGUCUCUUUCUGCUCCAGUUCCUACAUUUGAGCUGAUUUAACAGAUUUAUCUCCACUCUAAGAUAUGAAUGCACAGUAGAUAGGGACAUACUAUCUACAUAUACUAUCUAUUAUACUAUCUAUUAUCAUACUAGUUUCCUUUAUUUUCUUCCUUUUUUUUUUUCUUUUGCCUUUUUUUUUUGUAAGUGCAUAAAGCAUCAUUUUUGUAAUUAUUAUAAAACAAUUUAUUAUUCUUGAUUUUAUAUAUAU